AUGUGCGCCAAGUUCGCCCACGAGAGGGUGAAGAAAGAAGCAAGGAUGGUUUCAAACGCGGCCAAGAUGUGCAUUCAGUUUCUGUCGCAGAAUCACACCCGAGAAGAUGAUGGUCUUAUAGACUGGCUCGACCGGUUUAAUAGGGCCAGCACAAAGCCUUCGCCACAGCUAUGUCGUAUGGCGUAUGAACUUCGCAAUGAAGAUUGCAUGAUAGCAAUCACGAGGCUUGGGCGAGAUCCUAACGGCAACCCUGAGAUAACCUCGGCAUUCCGCCGUGUUCGUCACUGCCUAGGACGAUUGGCUAGCCGUGUGAGGGCUGUUCAUGAGCUUAUCCAGGAUGGUGGCACUGGCAGCACAUACGAACGCCUUACCGCAUAUCGCGUGGAAACGGUGCCUGUACCAGAAUGCGUGGCACCUCCCAAACCUGACGCCCUUACCAACUUAGAGGGCAUUGUAAAGAGAAUGCUCAAACCUGACGAUCCACGUACUGAGUCGAUUAAACAAAACCUUCAAAGAAUGGAAGAUCAAAUCCAACUCGAAGUUAAGAUUCAGACAUCAUUCGCCGACAAAAACUUCGUCCCGCGAGUACAUGCCGAGAUCCAAAUGCUCGAGCACUUCCACCAGGGUAAACGCCGUUUUGCCUUCAAGGAUCGCUUCAUCGCUUGCAGCAAAGCUGCCUGCCUCUGUUGCAAGCUCUACAUCCGUUACCACCCCAUCAAGGUUCAAGAGCCUCCGUCGCAUGAGUCCAUCUAUCCAAACUGGGGGCCCGUCUUGCUUCUUAAUGGCGCGAGGGACCGCGAUUGGCCCACGCAACAUAAAACGAUGCAACGGGUGAUUGAAGAUAUGAGAGAAAUAGCUCUCGAUUACCUCGAACGGGAGAUAGCGCCCGGCUAUUUCCACACGAACUCAUUGACCAAUAUUACAGCAUUAGAAGAUCCAGCUUUUUGGCCAUCAAGCUCCGUCGAUGGAGAGGAUAUUUCAGAUGACUCAGAUGAUGAGAGGGAAGUAUUUAAGGCUGCUGGGCACGGCGGUUUCCAACUGGAGGAAGUUGGCACUGGCACAUCCGGAUGGUUGGAAGCAGAGAAUGAUGGCAUGGACAGCUCCGAAGACUCGGAUGGUGGCGUCCCAAUCUGA